CGCACGAACUUCACAACCUGCCACACUUGCCGAUUCUCCUGUUGCCCACCAUAACUUAGAAAGCGCCCUACACCAAUUUAUCUAUAGGACGUAAGCUUAGCGGUUUGCUCGGUCAAUUCGUGAGCCCGUGAGCGUAGCGCUGCCACUAGUGUAUUAUGUCCGAGUUUUCAGCAUCAUUUCGCUCGUCAAAUCUUCGAGGCACUUUCGUGUUGUCAAAAGCUAGGUCAAAAGUAUUGCAUGCGAAUGGGAACAAGCCGGCCAAAACGAGAGAUGUCAAACACUUCCCGUUCUUCGGCUUGCCACGUGAGCUGCGUGACCGUGUUUAUAGAAUGGUUCUAGUUGCCCCAUUCAUCUAUAUCGAUCUCGUAUCGUGCGCAUCUGACGAUGAUGACGAAGAAACGCUCACUCUUUACCCACUACCAAAAUUCAGGACCACAUACAUAUCGCUAGGUAAAAAGAUGACAUACCGCCUUAUGCCAUCACACAAGUGCCGCUGUGGGCAGUGUCCAACUGAGUUCGCGCCACAGUUGCAACUCUUCUACGUCAGCCGUGCUAUGUAUGUGGAAGCCAGAGAGGUUUUCUACAAGGAGAACGAAUUCAAAACAGAGCUUGCCAGUGGGUUGGGUUGCAGUGCGUGGCUUAAAGAUCGCGAAUAUUCGUUGAAAUACAUACGCAGCCUCAAUUUUGACGUUGCUCUUCACACCGCUGAGUUCAAUUACGGGCGUUGGAGCGAGAAUUGCUACAAGGCACUUUUCGGUAUGCUUAGGGAGAGGACAGAUCUCCGUCACUUAACCCUCAACUUUCAUGGCCUUGUUCCAGAUGUAACGAUCGAGAACGGCUGGCAAUGUCCCUGCGAUUGUCAGGAAUUUGAGCAUCCUUUGCUGCAAUUAGGUCAUGUGAUAGGAAUGCCUGGCUUACCUAUCUCUAGAACAACGAAAAUACACGAUAGGGAAUGGGGCUUAUUAAAAGCCUUAACAAUGAUAACGAACCUCCAGCGACUGGCAAUCAACGUGGAUUUUUGUUAUCAUAUGCUCGAUCAUGAUGGUCAUGAUGACAAUGUUUUCGAGCAUGACCACAUCCGAAGCUUCAUUGCCUACAUGCGCUCUCGAAUGCUCAAGAGGGGUGCAGAGUUGAGCUCGAGGCAAAUUCACGGUUACUGCCGCGUGCACGAUGAAGUCGAGGACAAGCGUUACCGCUUCCACUGCGACGAUGAUGAAUACGGCAAGUCGUAUCUGACACUCUUAAAAACUGCAACGCACAGCCCGUCACAUCAUAAUCAUUCUGACUCCGGUAGCGAGAUGGACAGCCAUAUGUCUGAACCGGAGGGUGCCACUGACAACGAGGAUGAAUGGGAAGAUGAGAGCGAUUUGCUCGACGAAGACAUAGAUAUUUCCAGCGGGGUCGAGGAGGAGAUACCUCCAUUGGAGAGCAACAACGAAGGCUCUGAUCGUGAUAUCUACUGAAGCGACGAGGAACUGAGUGCAGGUUCGAUGCACAACGUACCCAGUUCAGGACUGAUAUUAUUCUACGAUGGCAACGGUUUCUUGUUCCAGCCGUUCUGAUCUAUCUUCAACAGCGAUUGCCAUCACAAUGACGAACGGAUCGGCUUAGAUGCUAGUAGCGUUCUACAUGUGUCUGUAAGAGAAACUUUGAUUAAGUUGCACUACUAUUGCCUGGCUAGCUAAAAUAGUCGCCCUUUCCGAAAAAGUUGUACGGAGCUAGCAAAUCUUUGUUAUGAGGUACACAGGACGUGCUUGCACUUUAGAACACAGGUGACAGUCAAGAAUAGAUAAUGGAAAUUUUGGAAAAAAGACUUGACUGCUUUCCAUAAAUCUUAAUUCUA